CAUUUUAUCAACAUUUAUUAUUUUGGCGUCUACAGUGAUGCAUGUCUUUAUGUACUACUUUAUAAAUAAAUAAUAUUUAUUUAAAAUGUUUACAAAAUUUUAUAUAUCGCAGGCAUUUUUAUUAACCGUACUGGCACUCACAUGUGCUCAAUAUGCGAACAAUCUAACUCCAAAACAGCGAUCAAGAAUUAGGUCGAAUUAUAAUGAUGACACGAAUAACUUAACCUCAAUCGAUUUAAGUUCGGCGAAUCUAUUCAGAAUAAUUCAUCGUAGGCCUGAGAAUAGAGAUCUUGAGGUCGAGCCGUGUGAGACUCCGAAGCUAGUUAUGCCCGACUUUCGAGGCCCUGGUCUUCGCCUUAGUGAUGUCAAAUGUUUAGAAUAUUUAUGGAACAUACGGUACUACGAUGAAGCAUUGAUAAGUGCAGCACAGUGUACAAAUAACAGCAAGUCGACAGAAGUGUACAGUAUAGUGACAGCAGUUGCCGGUGGACUGGAUGGGAUUGCUGGAGAAUUUCCUCACAUGGGUGCUAUAGGUUGGGAGACAGUGAACAAUACUUGGUUGUUCAUAUGUGAAGGAGCGCUAGUUAGUGAGAAGUUCAUGGUGACUGCUGCCCACUGCUCGCAGUUGCCGACGCCCGACCCAAGAGUUACUGACCUCUCGCCCAAAGUUGUUCGCUUAGGAGAUGUCAACAUAUCUGAUGAGGAAGGCAUCGGAAAGUCACCCAAAGAUGUUUUAAUACACAGAUUUAUAUUACAUCCUUACUACAAUCAUGCGAAGCCAUAUUACGACAUAGCUCUUGUCGAGUUUAAAAAUGAAAUUUCGCUGUCAAGUAAAAUGUAUCCAGCUUGUCUUUGGACUAACAUUGACGACCUGACGGUUCCUGUGGACUUAACUGGCUGGAAUACGAUAGAAUCAAAUAAAACGGUUGCAACCAAGGAGUUCAUCAGUGACAGUUUCGAUGUUUUCACGAGGCUCACUCUCUUAUCCAAAAUUUCCGAUAAAGACCGAAAUAAAGAUCAUAAUGCAAGUAAUCCAGUGUUACAACUCGCUAAAGUUAACAUAAUGAGCUCAGAGAACUGUGACAAAUUGAUGCAUCGGAACAUAAUAUUCCAUCAGCUUUGCGCGGAACGAGACGCGGAGAAAGAAUCUAAUUGCAAGGAUACAAGUGGAGUGCUCGAGGCGCGGCUCAAUAUUCCAGAAUACACGGAUUGGAAUAUGCAUUAUUUGAUUGGCAUUAAAUCUUUUAAUCGUGGAUGUGAACGUGGAACUAAAAGGCCAUUUGGUGUUUACACAAAAGUGUCCGUUUUCACUGAUUGGAUUGAAAAAAUUGUUUGGGGAAAAGAAUAAUGCUAUUGAAAAUUAAACAUAGAACAUACUUAAAUAAUAUUUACUAAGUGAAACCUAAGAAUUGCGUCGUUGCAUCACUUCUUCGGAUAGUAUUCCACAUGACCAAAUGCCGUGGCAUGCAAAGCAGAAUGACACAUUGCUCGUCAUUCUGAAGAUCCACGAGUCAUAGGUAUUAACGUCGCUUGAUAUUGGAAAACAAUGCACAAUCAAUCUGGUAUUUUCGAGCGUCACGCACCUCAAACACAAAAUGAUCAAAUUGCAAAAGAAAC